AUGAAGCUAGCAGUAUUCAGCGCCAAGGCCUACGAUCGCACCUAUCUAGAGCAGGUACGCGAUGCACGAUUCCCAGACCUAUGCAAGAUCGACUUCCACGCCUUCUCCCUCUCCCAAGAAACUGUCCCACUAGCACGCGGCUGCGACGCCAUCUGCGUCUUCGUGAACGACACACUCGACGAAGCCGUGCUGCGCGCCCUGCAUGCUUACGGCGUGCGUGCGAUCCUGCUUCGCUGCGCAGGGUUCAAUCACGUCCAUCUGCCCACGGCGGAAGCGCUAGGCCUGUUCGUGGCGAAUGUCCCGGCCUACUCGCCCGAGGCGGUGGCGGAGUUUGCUGUGGCGUUGAUUCAGACGCUGAACCGGAAGACGCACCGGGCGUAUAAUCGGGUGAGGGAGGGGAAUUUCAAUAUCGAGGGUUUGCUGGGGAAUACGCUGCAUGGGAAGACGGUGGGGAUUGUGGGUGUUGGGCGGAUCGGGUUGGCUGCCGCGCGGAUCUUUAACGGGUUUGGAUGCCGGUUGUUGGCGUAUGAUCCUUUUGCCGGGGAGGAGUUCCGCCAGUAUGGCACUUUGGUUGAACUGGAUGAGUUGUUGAGGGAGAGUCAUAUUGUUAGCUUGCAUUGUCCGCUGACGGAGGGGACGAAGCAUCUCAUUAAUGAGGAGACCCUGGGGAAGAUCAGGCCUGGGUCUUUGUUGGUGAAUACGUCUAGGGGUGGGCUCAUUGAUACUACGGCUGUGAUUCAGGCGCUGAAGACGAAGCAGCUCGGUGGGUUGGCCUUGGAUGUGUAUGAGGCUGAAGGAGAGCUGUUCUACAAUGACCACUCCGGCGAGAUUAUCGAGGACGAUGUGUUGAUGCGGUUGAUGACUUUUCACAAUGUGCUGAUCUGUGGUCAUCAGGGUUUCUUUACUCGGGAGGCCCUGGAGGAGAUCUCUGGGGUGACAUUGAGCAACCUCUCUGAUUUCGUUUCGGGUCUCUCGUGCAAGAACUCCUUGGUGACCGAGGGCCAUGUCCUGGCCCGUCGGGACACAGAGCCAGUCAGGCUGUGA